AUAAUGAAAUAUUUGCUGGAUUAGAAGGAAACAAAAAAUAAAAUAAAAUCUGGGGGGUAAAGAGGAUGUAAAUGUCUCAAUAAUUUCCUAGAUAGUUUGCUCAGGAAAAGAAAUCACAAUAGUUGGUAGAGGCCGCUUAUAAAAAGAGGGUAGAAUGUUUGCGUCUCUCUUUUCUUGAAGAUAGAUAUGCAAAGGAGAGGAAUAGGGGAAAGUGAGAAUUAGUGUGAGGAGUCGAUAUGGAAGAACAUCUCAGUUCAUUAGCUGUGACUCAUCUCCUUCAACACACCCUACGAAGUCUGUGCAUUCAUGAAAAUUCCCAGUGGGUUUAUGCAGUCUUCUGGAGAAUCCUACCCAGAAAUUACCCCCCACCCAAAUGGGAUGGUCAAGGAGCUUGUGACAGGUCAAGAGGAAACAGGAGAAACUGGAUAUUGGUCUGGGAAGAUGGUUUCUGCAAUUUUGCUGCCUCAUCAGUAGCUGAGGUAAAUUCGGGGGAUGGUCCUGGCUCAUCAAUUUAUGGUAAUUGUGAGUUUCAAAACUACCAGGGGCUGCAACCAGAGCUCUUUUUCAAGAUGUCUCAUGAGAUCUACAACUAUGGAGAAGGUUUGAUAGGAAAAGUGGCUGCAGAUCAUGGUCAUAAGUGGAUAUACAAAGAACCAAAUGACCAAGAAAUCACUUUCUUGAAAGCAUGGCACAACUCGGCGGAGUCAGUAAGCAUCAUUUAUCCAGAUGAACAGUGCUUAAACAUGUUUCUGAUUUCUUCAAGUUUGUGCUUAAACAAGUUUAUAAAACCUCGAACAUGGGAAGCACAGUUCAAGACUGGUAUAAAGACCAUAGCACUGAUUGCAGUUAGAGAAGGUGUUGUUCAGUUAGGAGCCAUUCACAAGGUGAUUGAAGACCUGAGCUACGUUGUUUCACUAAGAAAGAAAUUCAGCUACAUUGAAAGCAUCCCAGGCGUGCUUUUACCCCAUCCAUCCUCCUUUGCAUUCCCUUUCAACGUGGAUGGAUACGGAACCCCAGAAGCAUGGCAGUUCCAAGGCACUGCUCUUGCAUCCCCAACUGAAUUCUAUGAUCACCAAUACAACCAGCCUUUGAAAAUAACUCCUUCCAUGAGCAGCCUUGAAGCCCUUCUCUCCAAGCUUCCCUCAGUUGUGCCGCCAACCACAGCGCCACAGUCACACGAGUUUAUAUCAUCAUCUCAGAAGACAUUGGAAUUUAUUGAAAUGGAAAAAGUAGCAAAGGAGGAGAUUGAUGAAGAGAUAUAUAGGCCUGAACUCGAAAUGGGUGAGAGCAGCAGUUCCAUGGCCGCCAAUCGUCGUCAAAAGCAUUUCCAUCAGAACCAAGAUUAGAAUGUGAAAACCGGCGAUGGACCAACAGCAAUAAUGGAUUUUAGGACUAACUAUCGGUACGGCAACUGGGUUAUUAUUAGAAUGUAUGAGAAUUGAGUGCUCGAUGCAUGUCUAACAUUGGGGUUCCUGGUCUACUAGGUUAAGCUUUAGCUUUAUGUAAGUUUGAUCUUCCCAGUUCUCGUGAACGAGCAUUAUUAACAAUAAUAUGUUAAGUUUUGUCA